CCUCAGGGAAAUUGUAUUCUUAAAAGAUGGAGGACUACCUGCGUCUUCUAUACCUAAAUUUGUCUGGGCGCCUGGGCCCCAACUGGGAUGGUGAGGAUCCUUGCACAGACUCAGUGGGCAAUGUGACCUUCCUUGUUGUAGCCUACAGCGCUCUGAUUGCAGUUGGUCUCAUUGGAAACUCUUGUCUGGUCUUCGUCAUUGUCCGUCAACGAGAGAUGCGUAACGUCACCAACAUUUUCAUUGCCAAUCUGUCCUGCUCAGACAUCCUCAUGGCCUUGGUGUGCCUACCUGUUACUGUCAUCUACACCCUGAUGAACCGUUGGAUUCUGGGGGAGGCACUCUGUAAGGUGACACCUUUUGUGCAGUGCAUCUCUGUCACAGUAUCUGUGCUGUCACUGGUCCUUAUUGCCUUGGAAAGGCACCAGCUCAUAAUUCAUCCAACUGGUUGGAAACCUUUGCCAUGGCAUGCCUAUCUCGCUGUUGCUGUCACCUGGGCUGUGUCCUGCUUCAUCUCCUUACCAUUCCUCUCCUUCAGUAUCCUCACUAAACACCCAUUCCAGAACCUGUCUCUGCCAUUUGACCCCUUCAUUGAUCACUUUGUCUGCACAGACAGUUGGCCUUCUGAGAAUCACCGUCUGGCUUAUACUACCUGCCUCCUACUCUUCCAGUACUGCCUGCCACUGCUCCUCAUUCUUUUAUGCUACCUGCGCAUCUUCCUGAGACUGCGCAAAAGGAGGGAUGUUGUAGAGAGAGCAGGAGGUGGUGAUGCAGUUGGCCGCAGAGGAGGCCAUCGCAGAGUCAACAUCAUGCUGCUUUCCAUUGUGGUGGCCUUUGGGCUUUGUUGGCUACCACUCACUGUAUUCAAUGCCCUCUUCGACUGGGAUCACGAGAGCAUCUCUGCCUGCUACCACAACCUCAUAUUCUCACUCUGCCACCUUUCUGCCAUGGCGUCUACCUGUGUCAACCCAGUUAUGUAUGGCUUCCUCAACAGCAACUUCCAGAAAGAAGUGAAGACCCUGUUGCUCCGCUGCCGCUGUUCUGGGGGUAGGGACAGAUAUGAGAGUUUUCCCCUGUCCACAGUCAGCACUGAGGUCUCAAAAGCAUCACUGCAGAGUGUCAGCAAUGGAAACAAUGCAUGAGGCUACCCAUCAGGACUAUGAGAUGAUAGGAGUUGUUCUCGCUGUCAGGCGUUCCGCCUUACAUAGUGAAUUUCCAAACUCUUUCUCAAACAGGAGAGAGCGUCAUCAUGCUGCUUCAGUGGUGAGAACUCUGACUCAGUAUCUAAAAUAAA